UAGGUGUUUAAAUGUUUAAUUGAUGCUUUCUGCUCUCGCCUUUUUGCCUUCCCACGUUUCAUCCAAAUACCCCGUCGGCCCUCACUCACUCACUCACUCACUCACUCAACUCUCCCCUGCUAUUCAAUCAACCUCACUUCUCAUUUACUACCCAUAAUCUCUCUCUCUCUCUCUCUCUCUCUCUUUCAUUAACUUUUUUGGUUUCAUUUUCUGAAAUGGGUUUUCCUCAUAAUCAUAUAUUUGCCAUUACACAUACACUUCUACUCUUGACUCUCCUCUUCUUCUUAGCUUCUACAUUCGCCCAACAACAACCAUUUCUUGCUCAAGCUUUGUCACUUCCCCAGCAAAAUGCAGCACUUAAGGGGGAAGAAGAUAAAUUGAUAGAGAGAGCAUUAAUCGGAUCGAGCCCGCCGAGAUGCGGAGGAAGAUGCAACAAUUGCGGACAUUGUGAAGCGAUUCAAGUUCCGGUGGUACCUCAAAAAGGGUUCCCAAGAAGCCAUUUUAUGCAUUCAACACCAACAAUUGCAUAUUCAAGAGGAGAUGGGUUGUCUAAUUAUAAGCCAAUGAAAUGGAAAUGCAAGUGUGGGAAUACAAUUUUUAACCCUUGAUUCCGCCCAAAAUUGUUUCAUUUCUACUUCCAACUAUUAUAAUUCAAUGUCUGUAAAUACAUUUUUCUCAAUCAACUACAAUAUUAUUGCUGUUCUCCA